AUGAGUAAGAAGAAAAACGAUAACAACGGAGAGGAUGAGCAGCCGAAGCUCGCGUGGCUCAUUGAACCAGCGAAGGAUCUUGUGGCCAACUUUGACAUCGAUCUUCUUCACGUGAGAUUAGAAUGAAACGGUCGAAAAUUUAUUUGGUGUUCAGGCUCUAUCCGAAUACCUGAACGUAAUCCGAAAGGCUGGCGAUGAAAAUGCGCUGGAGAUGGAUGCCGCCGGCAAUUACAAACUAUUCGACUUCCAAGAAGCCGUUCGGGUGAUCAACAAUUCAAUGAACGUCUACGCCAAAAAAGUGGAUCACAUUUACGAACUGACACUUUCCGUCGUCGAUUUGUUCGAUAGGAAUGGUAACGACGGAGAGCCAGCAGCUGCUCGGAGAGGACCGAGAGGCCGCAAAAACGUUAAUUUGGGGUCGACAAGUUACGAAUUGAUCGAUGUGAAAUUACUGAUGGCAGAAGCAUUCGAAGGAUGGGAGAAGUCAGAAAAAGAAGAGAAAAAAGCGAUUGACAAUCUGAGAUUGGUCAAAAAUGCCGAGGACACCGAGAUGCACUACGAUAGAAACUGUUGUCUGAUUGCCAAACCGACGCAGUUCAUGUUCAAACUGAACUACGGACAGUUGAACAGAACAGACGAACAGGUGCAGAAUGCAAAAUCCCGUCCGGAAGUUAUCGGAAAAGUAAAAGACUUUGACAUAAAAAAAUCGGAAAUGAACCACGAACAGCAAAUGCUAUUCACACAUGACUGCUAUCGAUCGAACGUGGAUCAGUUUACGUUGCCGGGUGCCAGAUGGGUCCCUGACAACAAAGACUUGGCCAAGAACUUUGGAGUGGCGGAUAUUGAAGUCGAAUUGGAUUUGGAGAAUGAGCACGAGAAGAUUAAUGCGUACGGACCGUUCAAAGUGAGUUUGUAUUGUGCACUGCUCUUUAUCAAUAGCUAACUUUUUAGGAUCCUCUUUCCGGCCGCGAAGUCGUCGCUCCUCCAAAAUGGUUUAUUGAACAAGAAGCCGUCCGUCAAAAGCAGGAUAUCCAGUCCCGCGCCAAUUCCCGUGCAACUUCCCUCGCUACUCGGACUCUCCGUGACUCGCAGCAAUUCGGAUCUCAGCCCACUCGUCUCUCGCAACCAUUUGUGGAACGUCAUAGGAACAAUCUGAAUCAGUUUGUCUCGUUCGUCGAAGGACGGCUCAACAAAAACCGGCCGAGCGCUCAUCUCAAUACUGGACUCGUCGAUAUGUUCGUUGAUAAUUUCGGAGCUCAAACGCAGCCGUUCAACCAUAAUAAUGGCUACGAUCCGAUGGAAGUGGACGACGAAUACGACGGAGAAGCGAACAAUGAUGACUAUGAUGCUCCGGAUGACUACGUGAACGAUUUGACGAAAAGAAAGGAGCGGAAAGCACCAGCGCCGUGGGAUGACUUUGAGAAUGGCGGACGGAUGAUGUGGUACACAGGGGACGAGGACAUCCAAAUCAGCAGAAAGUCUGUGAAGACGAUGACCAAAGAUCCUCCAUCAGCUGUCGAAAUGAUGAAGAGAAAGCAUAGGAAGGAGGCGAAGAUCGGAAAGACACGUCGCGACGAAUUCAUGGAGACUCACGAAUAUCUGCAAGAUUACUAUUACUGGCGCAGUGCUGCGCGGAUAAAUCCGAACAAAGACUGGAAAGUAGAAGCGUUGAGGACAGCCAUUUUGAAGGAGAAGAAACGACGUGCAAAGGACAAGAUUGCGAGGAUUCGUGAGGCGAGAGCACAAAUGAUACCGAAAAGACGGACAGCGAGGCCAGCACUUGCAAUGGAAGACUUUGAUUUCCAACCAGAAGACGUCGAAACUGCGCCGACAAACAGAAAAACUCUCGGAGCAGAAUGUGAGAUAGUUUUCAACAAAUCUUACAAGACAUCUAUUUUCAGACGAAGACGUGGCAGAUGAAGAUCUUGCCGCUGAAGUUGAGUUUUCCAUGCUCGGAGGAGAAUUCGAAGACGACGAAGAUGACGUUCAGCCCCGCGGAGAAUUCCCUCCUGUUCCGGCUUCCGACAACUAUGAGUUUAAUGCCGCAGACACGUUCCCUCCGCCUGCACAAGCCACUCAUCAGCCUCUUCGUUUCGAUGACAUCGACGAUGCCGAGCUGAACACAGUCAUCAACUUGCCCGGCAACCUUCUCAUCGACAGUGCGUCCUUUCUUCUCAUCUCUUCUUAUUUUCAAGUUUACAGAGGCAUUGCCACUCCUCAAGAAGUUUGCCGAGAAUCGAACGGAUCGCGAGCAGAUGGCGUACGAAAUGGCGAAAGCCUACGAAGAUGUCGACGUGGCAGUCUCCACUCUACAGGAACAAGUGGACAAUUGGCACGCAAAGCUCGAUCCGAUUCUUGAAGAAGGGGAGACUCGCAAAGAGUACAACGUAUGAUCGGAUAAGCAGAAGAUGAAAAAUGCGAAUUAAUUUCAGGUGCACCACCUCGGAAAUACAAUCCUCGCGUACUUCGAAACGGAGGGAGAUACGAAGCGGCUGGUGGAUCUGGUAGUCGGACGGCCCUGGUAUGAAAUCAGUCGCUGCUUCCUGUCGUGUCUGUUCAUGUGCAAUUCACUGAAUGUGAUGGUGGCUGACGACAAAGAACUUUCGCUCGAAGAACGAAUCAACUCGAUGAAAAUCUCCCUGCUCAAUCGCGAAAUGCACCACGAAGUAUUUGCACAAGAUGAUGCCUUCGCUUGA